ACCCUAAAUGGGAGAGAAUUUAGGGUGCGUAUGGCUGUCUUAACCUUCGGUAUAUAAACCCCUGUAUGCUCUCUCUGUUCUAUAUUCUCUAUUUAGUCUUCCUCUUUUCGCCGUUCUUCAAAUUUCUUUGAUCGAAGAGGAAUUCUCUGUUUCUCAAAGCUGUUAAACCAUGGGUAAGGAAAAGGUUCACAUCAACAUCGUCGUCAUCGGCCAUGUUGACUCUGGAAAAUCAACCACUACCGGUCACCUGAUCUACAAGCUUGGUGGAAUCGACAAGCGUGUGAUCGAGAGGUUCGAGAAAGAAGCCGCUGAGAUGAACAAACGUUCAUUCAAAUACGCCUGGGUGCUCGACAAACUGAAAGCCGAGCGUGAACGUGGUAUCACCAUUGAUAUCGCUCUCUGGAAAUUCGAAACCAACAAGUACUACUGCACAGUCAUCGACGCUCCCGGCCAUCGUGAUUUCAUCAAGAACAUGAUUACCGGAACUUCCCAAGCCGACUGCGCCGUCCUCAUCAUCGACUCCACCACCGGUGGCUUCGAAGCUGGUAUCUCCAAAGAUGGUCAAACCCGUGAACACGCUCUCCUCGCUUUCACUCUCGGUGUCAAACAAAUGAUCUGUUGCUGCAACAAAAUGGACGCCACCACCCCCAAAUACUCAAAAGCCAGAUACGAUGAAAUCAUGAAGGAAGUCUCAACCUACCUCAAGAAAGUCGGUUACAACCCUGACAAAAUCCCAUUCGUCCCAAUCUCUGGAUUCGAAGGUGACAACAUGAUUGAAAGGUCAACAAAUCUCGAUUGGUACAAAGGCCCUACUCUCCUUGAAGCUCUUGACCAAAUCAACGAGCCAAAACGUCCCACAGACAAACCACUUCGUCUCCCACUUCAAGACGUUUACAAAAUCGGUGGAAUUGGAACUGUUCCAGUCGGGCGGGUUGAAACCGGUAUCAUCAAACCCGGAAUGGUCGUCACUUUUGGCCCAACCGGUUUAACAACUGAAGUGAAGUCCGUUGAAAUGCAUCAUGAAGCUUUGUUGGAGGCUCUACCAGGUGACAAUGUUGGAUUCAAUGUGAAGAAUGUUGCUGUGAAGGAUAUCAAGCGUGGGUAUGUUGCUUCGAAUUCUAAAGAUGAUCCUGCUAAAGGUGCUGCGAGUUUUACUUCUCAGGUGAUUAUCAUGAACCACCCGGGUCAGAUUGGAAACGGGUAUGCUCCGGUGUUGGAUUGCCACACGUCUCAUAUUGCUGUGAAGUUUGCUGAGAUUUUGACAAAGAUUGAUAGAAGGUCUGGGAAGGAGAUUGAGAAGGAGCCGAAGUUUUUGAAGAAUGGUGAUGCUGGAAUGGUGAAGAUGAUGCCGACUAAGCCUAUGGUUGUGGAGACGUUUUCUGAGUAUCCACCGUUGGGGAGGUUUGCUGUGAGGGAUAUGAGGCAGACGGUGGCUGUUGGUGUUAUCAAGAGUGUGGAUAAGAAGGAUCCGACUGGUGCUAAGAUCACCAAGGCUGCUGCGAAGAAGAAAUGAAUUUUGGUGGGGAAGGGGAAGGUUUGUUUUUCGUAUUUUAAUUUUCGUUUGGUGUCGUGUGUCGGUUUGUGUGUUUGGUUAGCGGUGGUGAUGGUGGUGUUAUUGCGGUUUCGUGUUCGUACUUGGGUGCUUGAUAGGCGGUGGCGUCUUUAUUUUGUUUGUUUUUGUUGAAGACAAUUUUGAUUUUGGAUUGGAAUAUGAAUGGCUUUUUGGUGGUU